AUAGUUUCAGGGCGAAUGUUACAUUGACUCCAUUGUUUAGGCUAGCCAACUUGUCUACAGAAGUCAAAACCAUGCUUUUUGAAUGAUGUUUAAAUGGCUGAGAGAUAUACCGAGAGCCCAAACAAUAAUGCAACCGUCAAGCUUAAUGAUGUUCUGGCUUUUCUGGAAGCCAAUAAUUUGGAAUCACUCAGCCAUACAUUCAAAAAGAAUAUUCUUGAAAAAGAAGGUAAUUUGGGUCCAAUUUCAAGUUCGACGAGUGGAGGAAAUGGUUGGUGCUUUGAGGAGUACUCAUUUAUCAUUGAUCUCAUUCAAACAUCUCUGGACUCCAUGAAAGUGGAACUUGGCUCCCUUUUGUUUCCAUUAUUUUGUUACUUCUACAUAGAGAUGAUAAGGAAUGACAAUUUUGAGGGUGCCUCAGCUUUUUUCAAUAAAUUUCUGGAAAAUCAGUUCGCUUUCCACACCGCAGAUUGCAAGGAGUUGAGGUCUAUUAAAUCGAAAGAUCAAUUAAAAGAAAGCCCCUUAGCACGAGCAUUGAUGAGUGAAAAGUUUGCUGUUACUCUGUCCUCAGAAACGAACAGUUACUUGAUGAAACAGAUGAAUGACAACUCGGCUGUGAAUUUGAUGAAUAUGCUCAAGUCUAAAAUGAAUAUAAAUGUUUACAAUAGCAAAACAAGGAGCACUGAAGUAAUUGAAGCAUCGCUAGGAAGUCUUUGUGGUGACUCAACUCACAGUACUCAAGUCAUCAAAAUGUUUUAUGGUAUAAACAGAGAUAGAGAUCUUGAUCAAAAUGUUGCAGAGGCCGAUGAUAACGAGAAUGAGGCAGGUGAAUCAAAUGAAGUCGGUAAGAAGCCCAAGAAGAGAUUGAGAAAAGAAAUAGCAGGUACUCCCAAGAAGCCAAAAAGUACCCCGUUGGCACCGGCGCUAGACAGAGUUCCACUUCCUGAGCGCAAGGAAACCGACGGACUUGAAAGGCUCGCAGCUAUGCGAGAUGCUAGUAAAAGGAUCAAGUUAGGUAUUAACAAACCUUUCUGUGCUUAUUGCUAUACUUUGCACAACACUACAAAUACGUUGACUGAUCUUACCAUUAGUGAAGAUGCGACUUUACUUGCUGGCAGUUUUGAAUCUUCUCUCGUAAAAAUAUGGAGUUUAACUGACCAGCCUUUGAAGGAAAUGAAAAAGUAUCAAGAGUUAUCUCAAAUUGACCUUGAAGAAGAUGCAGCGUCUAUAACACUUGAUAGUCUUCUAGACGAUAAAACGGCAGCGGAAUCCAAAACGAUGUCAGGUCACCGUUCUGCAGUUUACGGAAACAGUUUUUCUCCUGACAAAUCUAGCCUGCUUACGGCAUCGGCUGAUUCCACUGUUAGAUUGUGGAGUUUGUACACGUACUCGAAUCUAGUCGUAUUUAAAGGUCAUAUAGGACCAGUUUGGGAUGUGAAGUUCUCAAGUUAUGGACAUUAUUUUGCGAGCGCUGGCGAUGAUAGUAGUGUCCGCCUUUGGACUCAAGAGCACAUUCAGCCUUUAAGAGUUUUCUGUGGACAUUUAAGUGCUGUUGAAUGUCUCUGCUACCAUCCGAACUCCAACUAUAUAUUUUCAGGCAGCGCUGAUCGAACUGUAAGAGUUUGGGAUGUGUUAACAGGAGAUUGUGUGCGAGUAUUAACUGGUCAUAAAUCGCCAAUUACUUGCAUAUGUGUUCACCCAACAACUGGUCGAUUUGUAGUUUCUGGAGACGAAGAUGGUCAGAUUUUAGUUCACGAUUUGAGUUUUUCAAACCAAAUUAUUGCUGAUUUGAAAUACUGCGAUUCUUCUGAAACUACUAAUGGUAAUUGUCCCAGGAGUGUUUUCUCGUUGGCCUUCGACCGGAAUGGUAAUGUGAUAGUAGCUGGAUACGCAAGUUGCAUGAUUAAAAUGUGGGAUGUGACUAAAUUAUUGGGACAAUUUCUGGACAGUGACGCUCCUGUCUUGCAAUCUAGUUUGAAUCAAAGUUCGCUUCCAGAUUCUUCCGCCUUUCAUAUGAAUACUUUUCAUACCAAAGCUACUCCUGUGAAAUGUCUUCACUUCACAAAGAAGAAUCUGCUUUUAGUUGGAGGAAAUUAUCAAAUUGGAUCCAUAAAUUUGAAUUCGUAAAAGUGAUUCAAACCGUUGUUUUGCUUAAAUUAUACUGAAAACUAAAUUAUACUAAAAUUUGGUCUAAAUAAUUUGUUACUAAAGGGUCUAUAAUUUAUUAUCUUCAAGCAGCUUUGAUUGUCCCUACUAUCUAAUUCUUCUUUGAAGUCUUCCAAACCACUUGGGAAUUAAGCGUCAUCGGUGACGGCCAAAUAAAUAAUAUAAUCAUCAAAGAGUUAUUCUCAAGUGGAGUUUUACCAAGUGUUUAAACUUCCCCUCUUCUAAUCUGGAGCAAAAUACUUUAACGGAUAAGCUUGACAGUGUUCUUUUUUUUGAAUUUUUGAUUGUUACUAAUGCAAUCAAUUUUCGGGAGAGGCACUCAAAUGUCACUGUUUUGGCUGAACUGAAAAUAUACGAAUCAACAAACUGAAAGCAAAGAACACAUUUUCUUCUGAAUUUAAAAAACUGUGUGAUACUAUUGAUCAUGAAAUUCUCCUGACCAAAUUAAAAAGUUAUGGUUGUAGACAUUAUUGUUGCAAUUUAUUUGAAAGUUAAAUGAA